AAGGAUAGUAAUGUUGUCAUAAUUUGUUCUACCGGAAAUAGGUGAUAUAUAACGUCAGACAUCAUAGAAGAUACCGUAUUUUGAUCUGAGUACACUGAAGUAGGACAUCUCACAACAUGAAGUUCGCACUGUAUAUUUUCGUGGCCAUGUGUUCCUCCAGUCUCAGCUCUUCCUUGAGCAUCGACCCCAACACCAUCCUGUCUGUUCUGGGGUCCCUUGGAGGCUCUGGUUCAAAUAACGGAGGGACUAACACGGGAGGAGGCGCUGGAGAUCUUAUGGGUGGCAUCCUCGGGGGCACCGGCUCCAGUGGUGGUACUGGUAAAGGCAACCAAGUUGCCAACCAACUUAUUGGCACCGUCAAAGAUUUUGCCGUCAACAUAUUCAAAGGAUUCUUUGGCAAGUUGUUCGAAAACCAAAUCGGAAGAAACUACCAUGAUGAUAUCAUCAUGGGCCGUGCUGUCCGUAUCACAAAGGUUGACGAUACGACGGUCACUAUCCUUGACAGGGCCAGCGGUGUAAAGACAACUGGAACCGGUGCAAAUGGACAGGAAGCUAUCGAGAAUGGAACCAAAGCACUUCUUGAGACAUUACUGUUGACUGGGAAGAUGAGUCUGUUGGACUUAGGAAUUCAGCCUGCAGUUGUGACAACUGAGCAACCAUGCUAUGACAAACACCCGAAAUCCUACUGCGAAGAAAUGGAAGGAAACGGCUUAUGUUCUCCUGGUCACCAAAUGGCAACUUUCAUGAAAACUUACUGCUUCAAAACAUGCGGGGGCUGCUAAUGUGAUAGCCAGUGCGCUAGCCAGAUUGAGAUGCCCUGCUGUAACAAGAAUAUCCGACAAAUAUGUAACUUUUUAUCAGGAAAAAAAUAAAUAUUUCUUCGAGAUUAUAA